UAUUCAGCGCCAAAAGUAAAAUUCUACUGCGGUUUUGUAAACAAAUAAAUAUAUACAAUGAAUACUCAAAGCUAUUUUCCCAAUUACUAUGCGGUGGAUGAUUUACUUGUCACACAGGAAAAGGUGGAAUGUAAAGUAAACACAAAACUUUUAAAGAUGGGUUUCCUUGAUGCUGGAGCAGACUCCGAAGACUUAAAUCCUGGACGCUCUGUUAACCUUCCCCUCUGGUAUAUUAAGGAACUCAAAGUGAAUAAUCCCUAUUUCAGCGUCUGUGUUCCUGAUAUUUACAAAAAUGUACACAAGGCAGUGUGUGAGGCUGAAACGACACACAUAGAAUUGGGAAAACUUCAUCCAUACUUCUAUGAAUAUGGGCGCUACUUAACGCCAUACGAUCGCAAUCAUGUGGUGGGAAAAAUUGUCUUUGAAACCAUGCGUCAGCGAGUACGGCAUUUAUUGGAUAUCUCCAAGAAUACGGGUGAAGCUGGCAGACCAGAACAUCGUUUGGAUAAUAUUGAAAAUAAAUUGUAUGAAGCUGGAGUGAAAACUGUAACAUUGUACAACAAUUGGCUGCGAAUGAAAUUCAACAACAUUGCCGCCUCCGAAAUGGUGCAGGAACAUACCAAAAAACGAAAACGUGAACGUGUGAGUGAUGCUAACUCAGAUUCCCCCGAACAGGAUCAAAAGCGGCAAACAUUGUAGUCGUGAUUUACGCUGGUAACAAUAAAACUUUUAUUUUCUUUCGUUAAACACAAUAUAAGGUAAACAAUAAUGACUUUUUAAUUCUU